AUGGUGAAGUUUCAUGAAUUUUCCUGUUUUACUGUUUCCUGGCGUAGAACGCGAAAGCGAACUCCCAAAAUUCGACACCGGUUUUCUGAAAAGCUCGAACGCCGGUCACCGUUGAGGUCGAGCUGGAAAUCUGCUGUGAGCUGUUUGAGUCAGCUGAAGUCCGGAGAUUUAGAACCCACGGUGGUGACCUGCAGUUCCCUUGUGUCCGGCGGCCCAUCCUCGCUGUCCUCGGCGCAAUGGAGGAAGUGCUUGGAGCUUGGAAGUCUUGCACGACAGCAAGAAAUCGAGGUCAACGUGGUUCUGAUGAGCGGCCUCCUGCACCGUGUGGGCGUCGUGUGGUCACAGACGCUGCAGCUGUUGAAGCAGAUGGAGAUGGACGAAGUACCAGCAGAUCUGCAGAGCUUCAGCGCCGCCAUCAGCAGCUGCAGACCUCAAGUGGCUUUGCGGCUGCUGGAUGCCUUAGCUGUGAGGGGGUUACAGCCCAACCUCGUCACGUACAACGCCACCGUCAGCAGCUGUGAACGCUCCUGGCCCUUGGCGAUUGCCGUGUUGCAGCGAUUGCAGCGGCAGCUGCGGCCCAACGUCAUCACGUACAAUUCUGCCAUCAAGUCUUGUGAGAACACUGGACAUUGGACGGUGUCAAUGGAAUUGCUACGCUUGUUGAAGAAGGAGGCUCUAGUGCCCAGCGUGGUGACCUACAGCUCCAUGAUCAGCACCUUUGAAAAAGCCACCCAGUGGCAACGUGCUCUGCAUUUGCUCCGCGUGGCACGUCCUGUGAAUGUGGUCACCUUCAGUGCCGCGAUCAGUGCUUGUGAGAAGGCUGGUCGAUGGCAGCACGCACUGGCAUUGUUGGUGGAAUUGGGCAGCGAUGCCAACAUCGUGGCUUUGAGCGCAGCCAUUAGCGCCCUGUCGUCGAAGGCCUGGCGUGGCGCCCAGGAUCUCUUCGUGCAGAUGUGGCACUGGGGGCUGCAACCGGAGGUCAUCACCUACAAUGCUCUCUUAGGAGCAUUUUGCCGUUCGGUGCGCUGGCAAGAGGCGCUCUCCCAAUGCCACGGCAUGACAAACGGCUGCUGUGUGAACGUGGUCACCUUGAACGCUGCAGCCGAGGCCUGUGAGAGGGCCCAAAGGGCUUUGCCGCUUCAGUGGUUGCUGAGGGAAGUGAAUCAACUGACUGAAGCGGACACGGAAGCUCAACGUGUCCAAAAACGGGUGGUCGGUGGUCAUUCAGGAUGGGGCUGGGAUGGUCCUCCAAACAAAAGGCGAAAUGUCCAGCAGUUCACUCUUUGCAGGAGCAGCCGUGUCGGUGAGUCGGUAAAUCCACCAGAUUUGGGGCAUUCAGUCGAUUUUCCCGCCCCGGUGCUGCGGGGCACCAACGUAGUUGCCCACCGCUGGGCGGAACGCUCUUUCCGUGCAGCGGUGAAGGGCUGGAACUUGGUAGCCAUGAGGUCGUGCUUCGUUGCCUGGCUGCCAGUCAUCAAUGCCACUGCUAUUUUGCGUGGCGCAGUGAACCGCAGUGCUUUGCAGACGGAGGAUCAAAGAGGUCCUCGCGUCUACUUCCUCUUUUUGGCCGUGGAUAAGAUUUCCAACCUUGACGUCUGGACGGCGUUCUUUGACUCCGCAGAAUCAGACCAAUAUAGGGCCUUUGUGCAUUGCAAGGAGAAGUCUUGCGUCCAACAGAUGGCGGGUUCGCCCAUCGUCCCGGUACCAACGGUGGCCAGUUACUAUUGCACGGAUUUAGUCUCGCCCAUGAAUCAACUUCUGAGUUAUGCUCUCAGUACGGAUCUGGGCCCCACGAAUCCACGCGACAAGUUCGCCUUCGUCAGCGAUUCCGCCCUGCCGGCGAAGCCCUUCUCGGAGAUCUAUCAGGUCCUGGGCCAGCGCGAAGGCUCGGAUUUCUGCGUCUUUCCACCAGGAGAAUGGGCCGACCUGGCUAGUGAUGAUGGCUUGGAAAUGUCCGUGAAGGUUCAUCAAUGGAUCACCUUGACGCGAAAACAUGCGACACGUGCGGUGGACCUGUGGCAGAAGGGCAUCAUGCGCAAUUUCAUGUCCUAUUUCAAGAUGAAUUCCUUGGCUUGGAACAACAUGUUGGACAACAACUUCGCGGACAAUCGAAACUGGGGAUGCUUGGACGAGUUUUGGUAUGUCACCGCCUUGUACGGCACCUUGAAGAAGGUCCAUACCCUUGGAGAUCAAUCCAUUGAGUUGCCAGAGUUUACUGGCUCCCCACUGCGAAUUGAUAAAGCAGCGGGUUGGCAAGGAAAAUGUGACACCUUCGUGAUCUGGGCCAAGUAUAUGCACAGCUUAGGCCACAACGAGCAAGAGAACCUGAUGUUAUCCCUGGACCCCGUCUCGGUUCCACACGGUGGCAAUUGGGCCCGACCCGGAUGGUGGGAUACCAUCUCCACUCAAGGCAUCCAGGCCAUUCGCAAGUCCGACUUUCUCUUUGUCCGGAAGUUCAUCGACAAACCCACUUUGCAUGGUGGCGGCAACUUUGCCACUGCCUAUUCCCGCAUCGUGGUGAAGGCACGACAAGAAAUUGCCAGUUUGGGCCGUUCCAAAGCGUGGAGGACGGCCCUGGAGAUCUUUGACGAAUUGCCAGGAGCGCUGCAAGAGACUUCAGUCUUCAACGCAGCGGCGAGUGCUUGCACCAGAGGCUUUGCUUGGAUUCAAGCCUUACAUUUGCUGGAGGCGAUCCCAGCAGCGGCGCUGCAAGCGGAUCGAUUGACCUUGAAUUCCGCGGUCACGGCGCUGGAAAAAGGAGGAGCCUGGACCCAGGCGAUCGCCAAGCUGUCAAGAAAAGAUGUGGACAUCACCACUGUCUCCGCUGCCAUCAGCGCCAUAGGCCGAGGCGGCGAUUGGCCGUGGCAGCUGCCGUUGCAGCUGUUGCAGCUGGCCCAAGAGCGUCGCCUAAGUUUCGACGUGGUGGUUUGUUCGGCUGCCCUGAGCACCUGCGAGAAGGGUCCUCGCUGGGAGAUUGCUGUCGAGCUGUUGGCUUGGAUGCGUCAGCAGCCUGGCUUGCAGCCCAAUUUGAUUUGUUUUGGCGCUGCGAUUAGCGCUUGUGGAAAAGGGCGCCACUGGCAGGGAGCCUGGGCGUUGCUGGAAGAGAUUUGGGCUGUAAAAUUGCAGCCGGAUUUGGUGGCUUUUAAUGCCACCAUCAGCGCCUGUGAGAAGGCGCAGCGUUGGGAAUUUGCCAUCGAACUGCUGGAGAUGAUGAGUCAGCAUCAUGUGACUCCGGAUGUGGUCAGCUUCAAUGCUACGGCGAGUGCCUGCGAAAAACGUGCCCAAUGGAGCUGGGCUUUGUGGAUCUUCGCUGAACUACGGAGGAGAAUCCCAGAAACCAAAAGAGGUGCUUUGCUGAACAUCAGCAAUGCCUGCAUCAGUGCGUGUGCAAAGGCACUUCGUUGGGAAACAGCUCUGCUUCUUGGGCAAAUGGUGAAACCUGACAAGGUCACGUACAACGGACUCCUUGGCUCCUGCCGGGCCCUGAAUGGCCAGCGAUGGCGCAUCAUCCUGCAGUUGCUGCUGCAGAUGUCCAGGACUGACGUGCCUGGCGUGGACGCCUGGAGCGCAGCGGCGGAUGCGUGCCUCGAAGCUGGCAGCAGCAUCGCCAGGCCGUUGAUGGAUCGUUUGGAAGAAUCUUCACGGUCUGAGCUGCUUGCGCUGGGCAGAAAGAAACGUGUUGUGUUCGAAACGGGCACAGCUUGCAGAGCAAACAUGACGAACGGUACUGCCAUCAUCAGAAACCAUGAGAUUGUAAAGUAA